AGUCAAGGGGGAUUCUCUGACACCUCCACAUCCCGGUCCCCGCCCAGCUAGGGCAGUGCCAGCGCCAGCGUGGACACAGGACGGAGCCCCUGGACUCCCAGGUUCCUUGCCAGGGAGGAGGAGAGAUCCAUCUGCGAGGGCUGAGUGUGGCCUGAGGGGACAGGCCAUCGGUCCUGGAAUGCCCCUGCCUGAGGCCAGCGAGCAGGAGGGCGAGAGCGUGAAGGCCGGCCAGGAGCCAUCCGUGAAGGCCGGCCAGGAGCCAUCUGCUGAUCCAGGCACCGAUGUUGUCCCCGCAGCCCCCAGGAAGCCCAGGAAGUUCUCCAAGCUGGUCCUGCUGACGGCCUCCAAGGACAGCGCCAAAGUGGCAGGUGCCAAGCGCAAGGGCGUGCACUGCAUCAUGUCCCUCGGGGUGCCUGGCCCCGCCACCCUUGCCAAGGCCCUCCUCAAGACCCACCCUGAGGCCCAGCGGGCCAUCGAGGCGGCCCCCCAGGAGCCGGAGCAGAAACGCAGCAAGCUGGAGGCGGACGCUGAUGGAAAGGAAGCCGGCAGGUUAGCAGGGGGGCCUCCUUCUGAGCGAGGGGAGGAGGCCGCUACCCUCCCUGAGGCGCCCAGCAUGCCCCCAGAACCUUGACAACAUGGGCAUCACCCUCGCUGGUCAGCCACCUGGGCCACCGGCUCUGCUCUGACCACAGGGCUCUGGGGCCCAGUCCUCGACAGACGUCCACUUUCAACAUCAUGUAAUUUGUUGUUUUGUUUUGUUUUUUGAUCAAGUGUAAAUUACUUUUGUAAGCAGGAAAGAAAUUCAAAACAGAAUAAAAGAAGCUGUAUGUUAGAUGCU